AUGGUGUCAGUACUUUCUGUGUUCGUGGCUCUAACCAUUAUUUCCAUUAAUUUAAAACCCUUUCAAGCCACAUCUAAUGUCACUUUGCAUGAGCAAUCCAUUUUUGAUUACCACCAGAAAUGGAUGAUUCAAUUCUCUAGAGUUUACAAUGAUGACUUCGAGAAAGAGAUGAGGUUCAAAGUGUUCAAGAAAAACUUGAAAUUUAUCGAGAACUUCAAUAAUAUGGGGAAUCAAAGCUAUAAACUUGGUGUCAACGACUUCACCGACAAAACUAAAGAAGAGUUUCUAGCCACAUACACUGGUGGUCUCCGGGGCAUUAACGUAACUUCACUACCCGAAGUGGUUCACCAAACGAUGUCAUCUAAGAAAUUGAACUUUAGUGAACUUGAUUUUGUCAAAGACUGGAGAAAUGAAGGAGCUGUAACGCCUGUCAAAAAUCAAAAAUCAUGUGGAUGUUGUUGGGCGUUCUCAUCUGUAGCAGCAGUAGAGGGUUUAGCAAAAAUUUCUGGACAAAACCUCGUAUCACUGUCAGAACAACAACUUGUAGACUGCCAUAAUGGUUGUAAGCCAGGAAAGUUUUCUCUUGCUUUUGACUACAUGAUAAAUAAUGGUGGUAUUACUUCCGAUGCGGAAUACCCUUACCAAGCAGAACAAGGGCAGUGCCAUUCCAACAUCAUACCCACCGUAAAGAUAAAAGGGUAUAAAUGGGUCCCAAGGAACAACGAGUUUGCGUUACUGGAUGCUGUAUUGAGACAGCCCAUCUCGGUGACCAUUGAUCCGACUACAGACAGUUUCAUGCAUUACAAAGAGGGAGUGUUCGAUAAUCGAGACUGUGGAAUCGGACAAACUCAUGAAGUGGCGAUCGUUGGGUAUGGGGCAACGGAGGAUGGGAUAAAGUACUGGUUGAUUAAAAACUCUUGGGGUGAGAGUUGGGGUGAGGAAGGUUACAUGAGAAUCCGUAGAAUGGUGGAGUGGCCUGAAGGAAUGUGUGGUGUGGCUCAGUUUCCUUGUUAUCCCGUUCUUUGA